AUGAGUUCAAUUAAUAAUAAUGAUUUAAAUGAUGAUCUUAUGAUAUUUACUAUGGAUCCAUUAAAUGUACAUGAUGAUGAUGAUGAUGAUGAUGAUGAAGAUGAAUUUCGAAUUCAUCAAAAAUCUGAUUUAUCAACAAGUGAUUAUCAUUCAUAUGUAACUACAACUGAUAAUAAUAUAUCUCAAAUGAUUGAUAUAUCAUCAUUUGAAUUAAUAAAUCAAAAUAAAAAAAUGUGUGAUAUAACUGAAUUACUUGGUUCAUCAUCAUUUGAUGAUGAUGAUAAUAAACAAGAUAUUUUUAAUUGGUUUGAUAAAUUUCAACCAAUAUCAACAAGUUCACCAAGUUUAAAUAUUAUUGAAUAUUUACCUACUCAAAUAUUAAAACAUGAUCAAGAUAUUGAAUGGCAAAUUGAACAAAAUCAUUUAAAAUAUGAUUCAAAACAAAUUUCACCAAGUGAUUAUUUAACUCGUCAAUCUCUUUAUAAUCGUCCAGUAGCUUUUGAAAAAGAUUCACGUUUAUGGGCACGUAAUUUAUUAAGUAAUUUAAAAAAACCAUCAAAUAAAUCUUCAAUUAAUUAUUCUUAUAUAAAAAAUUCAUCAUCAUCAACAUCAUUUGAUCAUCAUAUACAAUAUAUUGAACAUUUAAAUGAAUGUAAUGAUUAUCCAACAUAUUUAGAAUAUUUAAAUGAAAAUCGUUCACAAUUAUUUUAUACAUUAACAGAUUCACUUGAUAUUAUUGAUGGUCUUCUUGGAACUGUUAUUUCAUCAUUUUGA